CCGCGCCACGGAGCACGUCAGCGCGUUGUGCUGGCUGUUCUCCGGCGGGACGGCCGACCGCUGGGCGUCCGCGCCCCGGGCUGCCGCGGCGUCGGGAGGAGGGUAGUGGUCCCCUGUGGCGGGUGGCGCGCGGCGUGGGCUCGGCCAGUCGCCUUCCCGGCCUGCGCCUAAAGGUGACUCUCGUGAUGGUGGGACUGGACAAUGCUGGUAAAACGGCAACAGCGAAGGGGAUCAAAGGAGAGCAUCCUGAAGAUGUGGCUCCCACAGUUGGAUUUUCUAAAAUUGACCUUAAACAAGGAAAGUUUGAGGUCACCAUCUUUGAUUUGGGAGGUGGAAAAAGAAUUCGGGGGAUUUGGAAGAAUUACUACGCAGAGUCCUAUGGGGUGAUAUUUGUUGUGGAUUCCAGUGAUGAAGAGAGAAUGGAAGAGACAAAGGAGACAAUGUCAGAAGUGCUAAGACACCCGAGGAUAUCAGGAAAGCCUAUAUUGGUGUUGGCAAAUAAACAGGACAAGGAAGGGGCUUUGGGAGAAGCUGAUGUGAUUGAAUGUCUGUCUUUGGAAAAAUUGGUCAAUGAGCACAAGUGCCUGUGUCAGAUAGAACCUUGUUCGGCAGUCUUGGGGUAUGGAAAGAAGAUUGACAAGUCUAUUAAAAAGGGCCUUUAUUGGCUGCUACAUAUCAUCGCCAGAGACUUUGAGACCUUGAAUGAAAGGAUCCAGAAGGACACAAGGGAACAGCGAGCGCUGGAGGAACAGGAGAAGCGAGAAAGAGCUGAGCGAGUGCGAAAACUGCGAGAAGAAAGAGAACAAAGAGAAGGAGAGCAAGCGGAGCUGGAUGGAAGCAGCGGGGCUGAUGACUUGGGCCCGAGACCAGUUCCUGUGAACCCUUUCCAGCCCAUCGCGUCUGUCAUAAUGGAGAAUGAAAAGAAACUUGAAAAAGAGAAAAAGAAACAAACGACGGAAAAAGACAGUGACAUUUGUCCCUUGCAACAGAAAACGGAACAUGAACAAACAGAAACACAGAGCCAGGCUAGUGACAAUAGCCAAAGAAACAAUGAAUUUGAAGUAGUAGAAAAUUAUAAGGAGGCCUUAACACAGCAGUUGGAGGAUGAAGAUGAGACAGAUCAGCGAUCUUCAGAAUCAGAUAAUAGUAAAAAGAAAACUAAGAAACUAAGAAUGAAAAGGAGUCACCGAGUAGAACCAGUUAACACAGACGACUCAACUCCUAAGAGUGCAACGCCGCCCCCACCACCCCCUCCUGUUGGCUGGGGAACCCCCAGAGUCACUAGACUUCCAAAACUUGAGCCUCUUGGUGGAACACGUCAUAAUGAUCUCCACGGGAAGCCGCUUCCUCCUCUGGCUGUGAGACAGAGACCCAGUCGCGCCUCUCAUGAUGCGAUCGCAUAGCCGAGGUGCGGAGCGGCUCUCUGCGCGCAGCGAGCGGACGGACCUCUUUCUCAAGGGAGAGAAACCUUGAUCCCUGAUGCCGGGGGCCGGACUGCCAGUGAUUUUUAGUGAGGAGAUGCGUAGCCAAGGACCAGUCCUGAUAAUGACUUCUCCAUGUUCUUCGUGGUUAAAGCAGAAAGGGAACAAAAUGACUAAUACAUGGGAUCAGCAUUUGGACCAAGUUAGUGAGACUUAAUGUUGACUUUUGGUUCAUACAUCCCCUUCCUGGGUGUAUUCCUGAGGAAACCUGAGAACCGAUGGACUCUGCAUAGCCUCCUUUGGUAGUCUGCAUUUCUAAGUUAAACAUUUUUCAAAGUGCGUAUGUAUGAAACGGGAACAUCUGGGAAUUUAUAACCUAGCUUUUUUUAAAAACUAUUUUUGUAUUUUUCUAAAACUUUUUAAAGAAAUUAGUAUUACGUUGUGCACUUUUCUAUAAAUGCUUUGUUUAAAUUGUGUCUGGAAAAGUUGAUAUAUUUGGUAGAUAUGAACUACCAUAAACAAGAAAUAUUUUAUGGCUCAAGGUAUGUUUUGUAAUAACAUUAUUCUUGAACUGUAUAUCCUAACUUGACCUUUAAAAUAAUGCCUUUUUAAAAAAACAGAUUCUCUGAUUUUUUUAUUGUUUUAUUUUUUUUUGAGCCAGGGUCUAUGCAGUUCA